AUGCCCGAUAUCAGACUCAAGAAUCAGCCCUUCGAUCUGGAUUUCCACCCGACGGAAUCGGUAGUGUAUACCGGUCUCCUCACGGGCGAAGUCAAGGCGUUUCGGUAUAACGACGAGACGGGCGAGUCGUCUACUUCAUGGAGCGUCAGACCGUCCAAGCGGACCGCACGGGGAUUGAGCGUGCAGCAGGAUGGAGGAGCGGUAUGGACUGGCGGAAAGGCGGGGGGAUUAUAUGAAUUGUCUACCGCCGACGGAGCUAUGAAGUCUGAGCGGGUAGCGCACGAUGUACCUAUCAAUCGGGUGUACUGUGUUAACGAGAACCUGGUCGCUUCGGGGGAUGAUGAUGGGUUGAUCAAGCUCUGGGAUCCUAGACAACAAGAAGCGGUCCGAUCGUAUAACCACCACUUUGACUAUAUAUCAGACUUUACCUAUUUUGAGGACAAGCGACAGCUCAUAUCCACCUCCGGCGACGGGCACCUCUCAGUCAUCGACAUCCGGUCAAAUAAGACCACACCCCUCGCUGUCUCUGACGACCAAGAGGACGAGUUACUAUCUAUCGCGCCCAUCAAGAAUAAUACAAAGGUGAUCGUCGGGUCCACACUGGGUAUAUUAUCCGUCUGGAACCGCAAGAUGGGAUGGGGGGAUUGUGUGGAUCGGAUCCCUGGUCAUCCCGCUUCUAUCGACGCGAUCGUCGCCUUGACACCCGACGUGAUAGCCACGGGCUCAGAGGACGGGAUGAUUCGUGUUACCCAGCUGCUACCUACCAAGUUCUGCAAGUCGCGACGCGCUGCUCUGGGCGUGAUCGCGUCGCAUGAAGAAUACCCUAUCGAGCGGCUCAAGCUGGACAGAAAUAAGAGGUGGCUGGGGAGCGUCAGUCAUGAUGAGUGUGUCAAGUUGACGGAUGUGGAGGAUAUCUUUGAAGAGAGCGAUGGCGAGGAGGACGAAGAUAUGGAAGGGGGAGGAGGGGAUGGGGACAGCGAUGAGGAAGUGGAAGAAUCCAAGCCGAGCAAAAAGGAGCCUAGUUUCUUUGAUGAUUUGUAG